CACGUCCUAUAUAAGGCCUGCUGUCGUCGUUCUCUACCAACACAACCCAACUAGAACCAAUAUCUACCAGCCGCACGUCUACUUCAUUUCGACCUCAUUAUGGCACUCGGGAGACUCGUCCAUUACACUAUCGAUGCUGCUCUACUCUCCACUCUUCUGGCAGGUGUCAGACGGUCCAGCGGCUUUACGCCACGGACCGACAACAUCACAGAACCUAGCAUUCGGUCAGCCGUGGAGAAGUACCUCGGUUUUGGAGAGUCGGUGUUCGACAUGGUGCAGGGGACGGCUGUGAACAGCAGUUAUUUCAAGCGUGAUAGCUAGACGAAUGCUGCUGGUGGGUGGACCGUCCAGAAGGCAUGCAGAGAAGCCGAGUAGAGGGUGUUCGUCUGACGGGUUGGACCGGAUUGAGGACUUGCCAGCACUAGGCGUGUGCGGGUUCAAGACGGUUGAUUCAGCGAUAUACAUUCAUUUUGAAUGUGGUACUUUAUCUGGCAUCUGGAAUGGUUUAUUUUUAUUGCGUUUUUCCUCCUCAAUUUAC